AUGGAAGAGCCGAAGCAGACACUCUACAUUCGGGGACUGCCUGACAAGUCGUCUGCCAAUGAAGUGCGACGUGCCCUAUAUCUUUACUGCACUCAGUUUGGUCCAGUGAAGGCGGUGCUUUACAGCAAGUCGAAAGAGUUUUACGGUCAGGCAUUUGUAGUGUUCACGGACGUUGGCACGGCCACGACAGCUCGCCGCUCGCUGCACGAUCGCAUGUUCUACGGCCGCCAAAUUCAGGCUUUCUAUGCGCACAAGCAGGCAUUCUGUGUUGCUCCUGGCGAGCGACGCCGCCGCGAUCUGGCGCGCGAGAAGAAGCGCUUGCGUACGUUGCAGCAGAAAGAGUAA